AAGUGAGGCGGUGAUGCGGGCGCUGGCGGCCUCGGCUGCGCCGAGAGCGGAGACACAGGCUCAAGAUGGCAGAUUCCGACUGAGGCUGAGGGGGCCAAGCUCGCGCGCCGCUGUCCCUUCUCCGUUGCCAUGAAUCGCGGACACCCCGGCCCCGAUGGCCCCCGUGUACGAAGGUAUGGCCUCACAUGUGCAAGUUUUCUCCCCUCACACCCUUCAAUCAAGUGCCUUCUGUAGCGUGAAGAAACUGAAAGUAGAGCCGAGUUCCAACUGGGACAUGACUGGGUACGGCUCCCACAGCAAAGUGUACAGCCAGAGCAAGAACGCACCACCUUCUCAGCCAGCCACCACAACCGUCAGCACCUCCUUGCCAAUCCCAAACCCAAGCCUACCUUACGAGCAGACCAUCAUUUUCCCAGGAAGCACCGGGCACAUAGUUGUAACAUCAGCAAGCAGCACUUCUGUCACUGGGCAAGUCCUCGGUGGACCACAUAACCUAAUGCGUCGAAGCACUGUGAGCCUUCUUGAUACCUACCAAAAAUGUGGACUCAAGCGUAAGAGUGAAGAGAUUGAGAACACGAGCAGCGUGCAGAUCAUCGAAGAGCAUCCACCCAUGAUUCAGAAUAAUGCAAGUGGGGCCACUGUAGCCACUGCCACCACAUCAACUGCCACCUCCAAAAACAGUGGCUCCAACAGUGAGGGUGAUUAUCAGCUGGUCCAGCAUGAAGUGCUGUGCUCCAUGACCAACACUUAUGAAGUUUUAGAGUUCUUGGGCCGAGGGACGUUUGGGCAAGUGGUCAAGUGCUGGAAACGGGGCACCAACGAGAUUGUGGCCAUCAAGAUCCUGAAGAACCACCCGUCGUACGCCCGGCAAGGUCAGAUCGAAGUGAGCAUCCUGGCCCGAUUGAGCACGGAAAGCGCCGAUGACUACAACUUCGUCCGGGCCUAUGAAUGCUUCCAGCACAAGAACCACACGUGCUUGGUCUUUGAGAUGCUGGAGCAGAACCUCUAUGACUUUCUGAAGCAAAACAAGUUCAGCCCCUUGCCCCUCAAAUACAUUCGCCCAGUCCUUCAGCAGGUAGCCACAGCCCUGAUGAAACUCAAAAGCCUGGGUCUUAUCCAUGCUGACCUCAAACCAGAGAACAUCAUGCUGGUGGAUCCAUCUAGACAACCAUACAGAGUAAAGGUCAUCGACUUUGGUUCAGCCAGUCACGUGUCCAAGGCUGUGUGCUCCACCUACCUGCAGUCCAGAUACUACAGGGCCCCUGAGAUCAUCCUUGGUUUACCAUUUUGUGAGGCAAUUGAUAUGUGGUCCCUGGGCUGUGUCAUUGCAGAGCUGUUCCUAGGUUGGCCAUUAUAUCCAGGAGCUUCAGAGUACGAUCAGAUUCGGUAUAUUUCACAAACACAGGGUUUGCCAGCUGAAUAUUUAUUAAGCGCAGGGACAAAGACAACCAGGUUUUUCAACCGUGACACAGACUCGCCGUAUCCUUUGUGGAGGCUGAAGACACCAGAUGAUCAUGAAGCAGAGACAGGGAUUAAGUCAAAAGAAGCAAGAAAGUACAUUUUCAACUGUUUAGAUGAUAUGGCCCAGGUGAACAUGACAACAGAUUUGGAAGGGAGCGACAUGUUGGUGGAAAAGGCAGACCGGCGGGAGUUCAUUGACUUAUUAAAGAAGAUGCUGACCAUAGAUGCUGAUAAGAGAAUCACUCCGAUUGAAACCCUGAACCACCCCUUUGUCACCAUGACACACUUACUUGAUUUUCCCCACAGUACACAUGUCAAAUCAUGUUUCCAGAACAUGGAAAUUUGCAAGCGUCGGGUGAAUAUGUAUGACACGGUGAACCAGAGCAAAACCCCUUUCAUCACACACGUGGCCCCCAGCACAUCUACCAACCUGACCAUGACCUUUAACAACCAGCUGACCACUGUCCACAACCAGGCUCCCACCUCCACCAGUGCCACUAUUUCCUUAGCCAAUCCCGAAGUCUCCAUACUAAACUACCAAUCUACACUCUACCAGCCCUCAGCGGCAUCCAUGGCUGCAGUGGCCCAGCGGAGCAUGCCCCUGCAGACAGGAACUGCCCAGAUCUGUGCCCGGCCUGACCCCUUCCAGCAAGCUCUCAUCGUGUGUCCUCCCGGCUUCCAAGGCUUGCAGGCCUCCCCCUCUAAGCAUGCCGGCUAUUCAGUGCGGAUGGAAAAUGCAGUUCCCAUCGUCACUCAAGCCCCAGGAGCGCAGCCUCUUCAGAUCCAACCAGGUCUGCUUGCCCAGCAGGCCUGGCCAAGUGGGACCCAGCAGAUCCUGCUUCCCCCAGCGUGGCAGCAGCUGACUGGAGUGGCCACCCACACAUCAGUGCAGCAUGCGACUGUGAUUCCUGAGACCAUGGCAGGCACCCAGCAGCUGGCCGACUGGAGGAACACGCAUGCUCACGGCAGCCAUUACAAUCCCAUCAUGCAGCAGCCCGCGCUAUUGACCGGUCAUGUGACCCUUCCCGCCGCCCAGCCCUUAAAUGUGGGCGUGGCCCACGUGAUGCGGCAGCAGCCGACCAGCACCACAUCCUCCCGGAAGAGUAAGCAGCACCAGUUGUCUGUAAGAAAUGUCUCUACCUGUGAGGUGUCCUCCUCUCAGGCCGUCAGCUCCCCUCAGCGAUCCAAACGCGUCAAGGAGAACACGCCUCCCCGCUGCGCCAUGGUGCACAGCAGUCCAGCCUGCAGCACCUCGGUCACCUGCAGCUGGGGCGAUGUGGCCUCCAGCACCAACCGGGAGCGGCAGCGGCAGACGAUUGUCAUUCCUGACACCCCCAGCCCCACGGUCAGCGUCAUCACCAUCAGCAGUGACACAGAUGAGGAGGAGGAACAGAAACACGCCCCCACCAGCACUGUCUCCAAGCAAAGAAAAAACGUCAUCAGCUGUGUCACUGUCCAUGACUCUCCCUACUCCGACUCCUCCAGCAACACCAGCCCCUACUCUGUGCAGCAGCGCACCGGGCAUAGCACCACCAACACCUUUGACACCAAGGGAGGCCUGGAGAGCCACUGCACGGGGAACCCCAGAACGAUCAUUGUGCCACCCCUGAAAACCCAGGCCAGCGAAGUGUUGGUGGAAUGUGAUAGCCUGGUGCCAGUCAACACCAGUCACCACUCGUCCUCCUACAAGUCUAAGUCCUCCAGCAAUGUGACCUCCACCAGCGGUCACUCUUCAGGGAGCUCAUCUGGAGCCAUCGCCUACCGGCAGCAGCGGCCAGGCCCCCACUUCCAGCAGCAGCAGCCGCUCAAUCUCAGCCAGGCUCAGCAGCACAUCACCGCGGAGCGCACCGGGAGCCACCGACGGCAGCAGGCCUACAUCACUCCCACGAUGGCCCAGGCUCCGUACUCCUUCCCGCACAACAGCCCCAGCCACGGCACUGUCCACCCCCACCUGGCCGCCGCUGCCCACCUCCCCACCCAGCCCCACCUCUACACCUACACGGCACCAGCAGCUCUGGGCUCCACCGGUACUGUGGCCCACCUGGUGGCCUCCCAGGGCUCGGCGCGCCACACUGUGCAGCACACUGCCUACCCGGCCAGCAUCGUCCACCAGGUCCCCGUGAGCAUGGGCCCCCGCGUCCUGCCCUCACCCACCAUCCACCCGAGUCAGUACCCAGCCCAGUUCGCCCACCAGACCUACAUCAGCGCCUCACCAGCCUCCACCGUCUACACUGGAUACCCACUGAGCCCUGCCAAGGUCAACCAGUACCCUUACAUAUAAACACUGGAGGGGGGCGGCCGAGGGAGGACGGGAGGAGGGGAGGAGCUCCUGGGACCGAGGUGGGAGCUGGCUUUUUAUACUGAAGAUGCCGCACACAAACAAUGCAAACGGGGCAGGGGAGGGGGCAGGGAAUGGGACGGGACACAGGAAACUUGAACUAGCAAGUGGGAGGACUUAGAGCAGAGAAGAGAACAUUUUAAAAAGGAAGGAAUUAAGGAGGGUGGAAAUCUAUGCUUUUUAUUUUAAAAACGAAAAAGGCAAAAAAAAAGAAAACGUCAGUAACAACACAGCUCACGAACCCAUUCUGUACCAAACUGGAAAGGAGAAGAAGAGAGCAACAGGAAGAUUCUGGAAGUGGGGGGCCCCAGUUUUUGAAGAACUUUAUCUAUGAACUUUUCAAAGAUUAUUUUCGUAUGGCAGCAAGUAACCUUGAAGAAUUUGCUGUCAGAGACACCUGAUAUGGAAAUCCAAUAGAUUUUUAAUUAAUUGAACAUAAGAAUUAGGGAUUUUUCCAGAACUCUAAAGGGUCAACACCCCUCCAGAAUGUCAGGCUGUGGCCUGAGGAAGCUGAUAUACACGGGUUGGUCUGGGGUUGGCAAAACCCAGUUGUGGCUCAUUUGUCAGGAAUGUUGGGGAACGGCCAGGCCAAGGGAAGAUCCCCUGGGGAAGGGGCAGAUUUUCUCUUUCUGAGCACUCUGGAUAAAUCCCUAAGCAGUGUUAUUCCUCAAAUAUCAUUAACAAUGUGUGUUGCAAACUUUAGUUUUUUUCUUUUCUGAAGAUUGACUUUCUCUGAACCAACCCCUAGUCACAUAGGGCAGGGUGUGGUCAUCAUGGACACCCUAGUAGAAUGUAGCACUCUGCACUCUGCUUUCUACCUUGUGUUCAACUCCAGUGAUGCCAAUAGACUGUUCCUCAGUGUAAUUGCACAAAAAAAAAGUGGUAUACCAUAGGCAUGUAACCAAUGUGGCGGUCCAGGCAUGCGAGCGCGUGUGCAAGGGGUGUGCGUGGGGGAGCCACCCUCCCGCGUGUCCCUGGCCACGGCCGCCCUCGCAGUCCUGAUUUUACAUCGUUCCCUCCUAGUGCCUUACCGAACGACAGACGCAGUGUAAGGGUUUACUUCCACUGGUACUCCAAGAAACUGACCGAGGCUAGUCAGAUCACAUCUCAGCUCUUCUGUUGUGACAUUUGACUCUGGUCAUUCCUUUGUUUUUGUUUUUGUUUUUUCUCUUAGUUCUGCUUCCCGUUGUCAGUCUUGGGCUGUUGGCUGGCAGAAGGCUGGCAGGGGCUGGGAGGAGAGCAUCCACGCAUCUGGAGAGAGAUGUAGGAGAUGGAUGAUGGGUGGGCGCUGCUGGUGACAGGGAUGGCGUUAGCUGAGUUUUGCUUUUGGGGGCAGAGACCCAGAGAGCUGCCCUUCACUCUCACUUCACUCUGCUCAUCAGACCAGCUCUGCCAUUUGUGGGACCAGAGGUGUUAGGAAUGUUGGCCUUGCCAGGCAGCCACCUCCAGGCCCACCGUGACCUUCCUGUGGCACCGUCUGCAGGAAGGAGAACAGGCCAGUCCCCAUCUUGGGCUGCGUCCCCCCAUCCCUUCCACCCAUGAGAAGCCUGGUGUUCCCAGACUCAUCCCUCUCACCCCGACCCCUCCACUCUAUCCUCCAGCUCCCUGGGCUGUGUUUGCUCUCAUGAUUUUUCCAGAUCCCUCCCUCUAUAGACAACCACCAACCUCUGUCUGCCAUUGAUUCUUUCCUCACAUUACCUAGGUCUGCCCAAGACAUGAUUUUGGUUUGGGAUUUUGAGGGGUCAGGUGGACAGAGGUUGGAGCAAUGCUUAUGAGGGUGGCCAGGGGGUCUUACACUGCACUUUGGAAAACACUCCCACGGACAGUUAAGUCUCCAAAGAAAUCUGCCCUUUGCCCUCUCUGCACCCUUGAUAAAUUCUGGAAGUUUUCUAAGCCUUUGAACACUGCUGGAGGCUGGGAGCGAGGGGGUGGGUGGGUGUCUCUCUAUUCAUAAUAAAUAACUCUGAAAUGCAUGGGGAGACUACGGUCAAGGAUGAGGCUUAAAAGGGAGGUUCUAAGUGCUCGAUUCUGAUGCUGAGUGCUUAACUGACCCCACAGCCAAGUCUCCAAGGUGCAAAGAGGUCUUUCCAGGUCCAGCAGUCCCAUCCUCAUCCUCCCUCCCUUCCUUCCUCACUCUGGUCUCCCCGAGCGAUCUACUGUGAAAGGGGUUUUUGAGGUGAUAUCCAACCUAAUUCAGUAACAAAGCUGUUACUUAGCUCAUAGCUGUGAAAUAACUCUGGAAAUUUCCCCACCCCAACCAUAAAUUCAUACUUAUAAAGAAAUAGGUCCUCAAACUGGAAAAUAGGUCCCCAGACUCAGACCACACCACCAAGCGGGUGCUAGCAGGGAGGUGCUCUCGUCUCGGGGCCAUGAGCAAUACUGUCCUUAUCCGGAGGUGGAGAAGUGCCAUCAUUCUGAGACAAUGGUCAGUUCAGAGAGGGGCAGAGGACAAAGCCUUCAGAGGACUCACAAGCCAGAGCCGCGCCAGCCUGGAAAAUCAUCUGUGAGGGACUUUCUGGCAGCCAGAUGGCAGCAGUGUCCCAUCCAAUCUCCUCCUACCGUGCUACAGGGUGUCUAGUCUUGGCUGCAAAUGAGCCUCUGUUUGCCUUAUUGGGUAGCACCCUGGACUCCCCAGCACAGUUCAGUUCCAGCCCUUUCUAGAUCUGGUCUUUUCAGGGAAAAGACAACUUAAAAUGUUCUUUCCAUUUCAAAGAAAUUUCUUUUGUCUGCAUAAGUUGGAAGCUUCUUACUCUGUCACCUGACAUUUUCUUUCCUUUUCUUCUCCCAGAUCAGGAAUAAAAGUUCCAUGCUGCUCAUAAAGAUAAUAUUACUGUACUAAUUAUUUUUGUUAUUACCAUUGUAAUUAUGAUCAUUAUCAUCAUGUUGAUAUUUUAGUCAGGGUUUUAAAUGCACAUUUAUUCUAAGUAUCUUUGUGUUUUCUCUUUAAUAUUUAAACUUAUUUUAUUAUAUCUGUGAGUAUAUAAGUAGACAGGAGGGACAUACAGAUGUCCAGUUUUGUCAGACAAAAAAGGAAAGAGCCAGGAAUUAGGAAAAUUGUUUCUGUCAUCUCUAUUAUGCAGAGAACCGUCAAGAAAGAUCUACCACAGAACAACAGAUUGCAUAAGAAUCAAGGUCUCUUUUUCUGUACAGCCCAGAGUGCUCUUGACAACAAGGUCACCAUCAAUACUGUAUUUUUCUCAAUUCCCAGUGGCCUGGGACGUCAUCUGGGGAGGCAUCUCGUGGACUCGGGAAUGCUGAGUCCCUGACUGUUGACCAGAGACAGCUUCUCCCCCCUGUUCUCUGUUCUCUCUUCUGUGCUUCUGAAAUCUGCUAACCAGAUCCUUGGCUUGCCUCACAUCUGUUAUUUAAGCGAAAAAUUCUCUCUGCCCAGAGCUAACCCAGCCCACCCUUUUCCCGUCAGCACACCCGGAGGGUGGCUUAUACCCUUCAAUGAAGAGACGGUUGUCCCCUCCUGACAGCCACUGGGUAUAUUAAGCUGAUGGAAGAGAUGGGCAGGUGGUGCCUCCCUGCUACUUCCACUCAGUAGCCCACCACCCGCGUCUUCCCUCUGCCCCUCCGCUUCUGACACAUCCCCCCAGCACACAGUUCUAGCAAGCCCAGGAAGGGUGGAGGCUGAGUAGGAGGCCAGAGGAGCCCUGAGCAAAGUCCAGCAGCCACUCAGGCACGUUCCCUCAGAAAUUGUCAGCCCUGCAGCCCUGACCACGCCCCUUUGCACUGCGCUGUGUGUGAUGGGUGCCCCCACGCUGCCCACAAAACCCAGACACUACCAGGCCCCAGAUGAAGAAAGGGUUGAAGUGGCCGGCUUUACCAAAGGGAAGUGAGACAUCAGGCAGUGCCCAGCCCCAUGGACGCCCAGCAAACGUUAGUGCACGCCCUUGUCAUCCUCACCUGAUGCCUCCUCUAGUCCCAAGCAUGGAGCUGCCGCAUCACAGGCCCCAUGAGACGAUCCCAGCAGGAAGGGCCAGUUCUGUGGGUGCUCAUUAGCACACUUCCCAAAUCUCCCAUCAGGUCCUCCAGCACUGAGUCGCCCUAGCAAAUAGGAUGCUGUCCCUCGGACAAAGCUCUCAAGCAGAGGGAUGACAACCUAGUCCUUGUUUAGACCACAGAUAAUCUAGAAACAUCGUCCAGAGUGAGAGGGGAAGAUUGAAAAGGACAGGUCAAGAGACGUCUGUUGGGAGCCUGAAGAGCCACAGGUCGACUUGCCUCUGCUCGCCGGGCUCUGGCUGGCCUGUCAGGGCAUUGGCACCCCUGUCUCCAUGCUUCAUGCCUCUUCAUGAUGUUGCAAUGUUUCCAAGGGAGGGGGUGAGCAAGCCAAUGGGUGGGAGAGUCCAAGACUUGAUGCCAAUUACUACUGUGAAGUGGAGCGUGUGGUCAAAGUGAUUCAGAAGAAAAGGAAGGUCAGGAGCAAACCCACGUUUGUCUCCUGGACUGUACUUGGGUUUCUAGCCUUACCAGCAGCUGAGUUGUUUGCAGGCUGUGGAAGCCAGCCGGCCUUCGCCCCCUUCACCCUGGAGGACUCCACCUGCCCGGGUGUGGGACGUGGGGAAGGGCAGGGGAGUUUAGCACAGCUGCUAGCAGGAUGAUUUCCCUUGGUUAGGUCUCGGGAACUGCAAACACUCACUUGUGAACCGCUUGUGGUGGAAGAUUUGGGUUGUGCGAGUGGUAUGAGCGGGUGGAGCAAACGCUCUUGGAAACCAGAGGGAGGAGGUGAGGAGGCUUAAGGAAGUAUUGCUGGUGGUUCCUGGUGGAGAGAGCCACGUGGCUCGCCCGCCUUCAUCCCAGUUCUGUCGGCUGCUCAGGGCAGGGGUGAUGGGGGAUCGUUGCUCUGGCUGGCCUGUCACAUGGCUGCUAGGACAGAAAAUGGAAAGAAGAAAAUAGCUAGGUGCCCUCAACUAGCAGGGAGAAUCCCACAGGGAGGCGUGGUCCCAUGUGAGGGGUUUUGCCACGACACGUUCCUGCCCCAGGAACUUUGGGCUUCUUUCCCUGUUUGUGUCUUUUCUUUCUACUGUGUUUUACAGAUUUCUAAUGGGGAAGCCUCAAAAUUAAGCAGGCCAGAGAUGUCCUUACCAAAUUGAAAGGAAGGUGAAACUGUUCCUUUCUUUAGCCAAAGAACCCUUCUCAAAGACACCUCAGAUCAGGACACAAUGGCAUUCCCCUCACUCCUUUCUGGGCAAUAAUGGCAUCAUUAGUGAUGCAUUCCAUUUGUCUUUCUCUUUCCUCUCUUCUGUUUCUUUUAAUUGCGUUUAUUUCAAAACUGCACUUACCUUUUAAGAGGAGUUGGAGUAGUGACCCUAAAUGCUGCUGCUGGGAAACCACAGGCACCACACGACACGUGGCAUAACUCUUCUCGCAUUACCACGGGCAUGGAGCCAGCAGACCUGCCAGGCAGGGCCGCUGCAUCAGGGCCCAGGCACGCCAGGGCUGAGCUCAGGGUCGCGGUACUUUUCCACUUUGAUGCCUUAGGACUCUCACAUCUAAACGCCACAGUCGAGACCCAGUCAAAUCUCAGGCCAGGAGAGAAUUGAAGAUGGCAAAAUAGGAUUUAGACACAAGAGAAGCCCCUGAAAGGCUUUUGGCACCGUGCCUCACUCUAGUGACCCAGCUUAGUAGGGAUAGUAGGAGUUGUCUUCAUUGCAACUUCUAGAAGUUUGAGAGAGAGCUAGCUCCAGGCAGUUCUGCCCCUGCCAGUCACACUGUCACAGAACACCAGCACCAGAGGGGGUCUUCCCGGUGCCCCCAGUUGGACUUGCACAAGCCUUUGAGAGCCCCUUGUCUCAGACCCCUACACGAAAGCGUUAUGUUGCCCAUCUCUUACUUGUUAGAACUUGCAGUAUUCCACAGGUGAGGAGUAGCCAGCGUUUGUUGAAUGCUUUCAGCACUCCAGGCCCUGCACCAAGCCCUCUGUGAGCCUCAUCUCAUGACAUCCCCACAAGGAGGGGUGAACACUGCCCCCCAUUUACAGAUGAGGAAGCUGACGCUGUAAAAUACUGGCAUGUGUUGAAACAAUACAACGGUGAUCUAGAAUCCUCAAGUUGCUAGUCAAUUUUGUGUCAAUCAGGGCUUUAUUGAGGUGUGAUUUUGUUUCCCUUUUUUAAUUAAUAGCAAUGAGUGGCCUCAUCUUUCUGAUGAACCAUUUAAUGAUACUCCCAUUUAACUGUGUGCCAAACACUGUGCUAAGAAAUGCUCAUUGGUUGUCAUGUUUAAUUUAGUCUUCAUAAUAACCCCGUGAGAUUUGCCAUAUCGGUCCAUUGACAGAUGAGGCAUCUGGCUUGCAGAGCUCAUAAUGUGCCCAGGGCCACACAGCUAGUAGCAGGAGAGCCAGGGUCUGAAACAGGGUCUACACAGCUCCAGACUGAGCCUCAGCCGUCUCCUGUGCGUAUGUGCAAAGAAAGGCCCUUGAGGACUGUUACCCUGUGCCAUCCUCUCAUCGCAGAACUCAGCAGAAGGUCUGUGCAGAGAGGGAGUCCUGACGCAUAUGCAGGCAACAGGGGCAAAACUAGUUUGACUUCUAGAGAAAAUCUCUGUUAUUUUGAUUCAUAAUAGGAUUGCUUCUAGAUUUCUUUUCAGUGUGCCAACUUGCUUUAGUAGUGCUGCUCUUGUAAGACUGAAGGAAAAAAAGUGUUCUUUUCUUCUUUUAAAAAAAAUAAUUUUUCUUCCUUAUAGUUAAUUCUAGAAAGGCAAUACUAAAGGUAUAUAUUUUUUCAAAAUGCUAUUUUUUACUGCACUUGAUAAAUACCGUGACAAUUCUGAUCUCUGUAAUAGAUCCACUCUUCAGCUCUGGGCAGAACCAGAUGCGGGAUUCACACCAAAUUUGAAAAUAUCACGUGUGGGUCUGGUGUCCAGGAUUUUUUUUCUUUCUGUAGAAAAAGGAAGAAAGACAAGAUGACUUAGGUAGAAGAACAAAAUAAAGUUUUCUUUCCAGAUAGAUAUCCUUCUCAAAGAAAUGGAAAACAACAAUUGUAUAAACUGAGGAAAAUCAGCCAACUAUCAGAUUUAAGGAAGUAGCGCGUCUUGCCCUGGUAUGAGAUUAAUAGUAACACAGAUGCACUUUUAUUUUUGGUUGAAAGGUGGCAAGAAUUUAGAAGUGCUUUCAGGCUAGAUCUUUAAUUUUUUAAAGAACUAUUAUUUGUUAUGAAAUAUCUGCUCAGUUGUUUGGGGUGGGUUUCUCGUUUCUUUUUUUCUUUUAAAAACUUCUUUGUUAACUGGCUCCAGGCUUGUUUGCCUAAUUCUUAGGUAGUUUACACAAGUUCUAGAAUCUUUUAGAACUUUAAUUCCAUUGGAAGCAAACCCAGCUAAUCAGAAUUUGAGAUCUUGGUUGGUUUGAAUAGGUAUUCUGUAAUUCUGACAGAACACCUAGAGAUUUUUUUUACAAGGUUUUAGAUACAUUAUCUUACACAAACUGUGAUCUAAUGGCAAUAAUUACCUCAAAUGUGGGCAUUCAUCCUGGUUUUAGCCUUUUUUGAAAUCAUGUAGCCAGUUUGAUCUUGGGAUUUAAAAGACUAUGAAUUCUGUGUGGGCUGAAAAUAAUGAUUAAUGCACACCCUAAUCAUUGUUGCUUAAAUGAAUUCUGAAAAUAGUUCAUCUUUACAAAAAAAUUAAACCAAGGAAGAGAUUAUUCUUUGUGUUGUAAUCAAAUGUUAUGUUCAAGUGCACAUGUUGAGUAUAUAUGUUUUUAGCUACUGUAAAAUGUUGUUAGCCCCCUGAGAUAUCAAGAGAGUCACAUUUUAAAUGAGCAAACUAAAUAAUUGACUGGAUGUUUAGGCAUAUUUCUGGCUACAGUUUAUAGUUAAAGUGUUUUAUAGUUUACAUUUAAACUGGUACUUUUUAAAGACAAUUUCUGUUGAUAACUGACAUCUUCAAACCCCAGCAAUUGCCUUCUUAGUAGGAGGCCAUGUCUCCCCAAGGCAGGUGUGUCCUGCCCACACUGUUCUGUAGCGCAGCACAUGCAUUUCACUCCACAUUCUUGGUCUCCGUGUGAACUCAGGAGCAUGUGAAAGGAAGUCAGAUUGAUUGAGAAGGGGUGGGUGAGUCCAGAGCCUGGGCCAGACACGAAGCUCUUGUGCCACGUCAUGUCCACACUUGGUUUCAUGGCCUCCUCUUUGACAUCUUGGAAGAGGCAGCAAGAACAGAUACAUGGUUCAUUGAUUUUUGUCUUGAUUUGAAUAUUUAAUUAACAGAUCCACUGACUUCUGGUCACCAGGCAAUAGAAGACACUGGGAUUCAGGUGGCCCCCGGCGACAUUCUGAUCAAUGUUUUGCAGGGGAGAACCCUAUACCCCCGUGCCCUUGUUCAUUGGCUGGGUUUUCCAUGUAUCUGUUGUCAUUUAUUCAUUCUCCCUCAAGACAAAAUAAUGUACAAGGAUAUAUUUACCUUUCACUCCUUGUCAAACCUAGAUUUGAAACCUACUUCAGUGGGAGGGGACCUUGGAUUCCUUUCAGAGAUGGUUAAGUGCCGCUGAGCAGGAGAAGGAAUUGGGGAGCUGGGAGUUCCAUUGAGACCUGACCUAAAUGGAGAUCAUAUUUGUGAUGCCAAGAGAGAUGCUUCAGAGGUGGGAAUGGGCCCCAUUGUGCAGGAACAGACUGGGAAGAUGCCAGUUUCCCUAAGAGUUUCGGUCCGUUUUUUGUUCUCUCUCAUGCCGCAACCAAACUGCAGAGGACCCACUGUGAUCUAAAGGGAAUUCCUUUAGCAGAUAAGACCUUGAAAACCGCAAAACACCUGGGACCAGGGAACUUUUAAAAAAAUAAUGCAUUUGCUUUUUCUCUGUGAACUGCAUUGACAGUAUGUUCUUAUUACCAUUUUUGUUAGAAAUGUUAUUGUAAAAUAUUUUUCAUCUCAUCCAUCCUAAUCAUACUCCCAUGUUGCUGUUUGUAUGGUUUUUUCCCUUUGCAUUAAUUAACCAAAUGGAUUUUGUGUCAUUGUCUUUGGGGCUUACCCAUAUUUUCAAAAACUAGAGGUAUAGAAAUUGGCUUUUUUUUUUUUUGAAAAAUAAGUAUGUUGUAUAUGAAAAAGGGCUCUGCCAUUGCUCUCUCUAGUUUCAACCAGUCUCCAAACAAAUCUGUCCUGGGACUGCCCCCUUUCCUCGUGUUGGGUCACUGUCCCUGUAGCCACCUAUGCCUCCGCCCUGCUGUCACUUCAGCCCUGUCACCUCAACCAGGCACCCAGGAAGCUUAAGAGCCCACAGGAAGGGCCCCGUUAGCCUUCAGAGUCUCACGUCCCCCUCAGAGAGUUGCCUGCGGGGCUGAAGGGGCGAUGGAUUUAUUAUUGUUGUUUUCAUAAUUUGGCUCAGGUUAUAAGGAAGAUCUUGGGAAGUGGAAAGUGACUUGACUGUGCCCAUCCUGUGUAGCUUUCUGUGACUUCUGAACGGAGCCUAUGGCAUCCCCCUGCCCCCUCCCCCUGCAAAGCAGACACUCCUGUUUGCGCUGCCUCCAAGUCCGUCGCUCCCCCAACCAUUUGGCUUCCCUCUCUUUUGUGUUACUGCUCAUUUAAAGCUUUCUUCCAUGGACUUUCCAGGGCACAAUCAUUUCUGGCCCCCAAAGCAUCUCUUCAUCCUUUUUGUGUGCAUUUUUUUAACCAAAUGAAGUAGACAAGAAAGUCACACUUUGGGGCAGCAGAAUUUCUAGUUUAGUAGAAUCACUGUAUAGAUAUAGAUGAUAUAUAUGUUUGUGUAUAUAUAUAUCAAACCAAAUUUCUGAUAGGAGAAGUAUAGCUUUAUGGAUGAGGAGGAAGAGGAGCUCUUUAGAGGUCGGAGCCAGCGCUGGUGUAGUAGACGGUCCAGGCCGUGUCUCAGUGUCUCAGGCUGCUGAGGCCCAGCCAGCCCUUGUCAUGCCCCUCACGACAGCCGAGCCAGGUGGCCCCAAAGGGUACCACUGUUCCCUCUGGGUGCCCAGCAUGAAGGGCACGGAUGGGUGAGGGGGCAGCCCCAUCAGAGUAACUGGAGUUUUCCAUCCCGUUUUGCUUUGACCACAUGUAUUGAGCAGCAGCCUCCAAUAUUAUAUCACAUUUCCAAAAAUGGUAUCCAUUAGGAUGGAAAGAGAACAGAUCUGUAGAAAUGUUUACCUUUCAACUGCCCGUGAAUUCAGGACACCCUGGAUAGAAAGACUCACUCCCCAGAAUGAGACAGGGAAGAGGGAACCUGGCGGCACUCAGUCACCAGCCCGAGGAACGCGGCUCCCUCCCAAGGUCAUCUCGCCUGAUCUCUCUCCCAGGUCAUCUCAGCUCAGUCUCAAUACCCUAUGAAAGCCCUGGUCUGUUGUGUUCCUUCAUGUACGGUUUCUGUAAUAAAAAGUGUUAAUCCAUGUUAAUCUGUGUGAAAAUUACUGCGUGCAACAGUAUUUUCUUGUGUACCUCCUUUUCCUAUGUGAAUUGUCCCUCUUUUCUUUUUUAUUUAUAAAUGUCUACUUUUUUUUAAAGACAAACCAAUGUGUUGUAGACCUAUAUGUAACCUAUUCCUUAGUCUCAUAUUAUAGGUAUGUUAUAAGAAUGGAUAUUUUACUUGGCUUUAGAAUGUUUUACAAGAAAACUAAUUCUUAACUGAUCAAGUCCUUGCUACUAAAAUGCUUGUGUUUUUCAUCAUGACGUCGUGUGCUUCUAAAUUAAUAAUCAUUUUCGUUGUAGAAAAAUGGAGUGAAUUUAUAUUAGUCUUGGAAACUAAUAAUAGCAUUGUAAAUUUAUGAGAUGAUUUUAACAGAAAAAAUUAUAGAAGAAUAUAGUUAUUUUAAUUGUAAUAUUACUAACUGUAGGGUGAGAAAGGGGGUCCCAUUGUGGUGAACUAUGUUAUAGCUUGUUACUCACAGUUUCUUUUUGAUCAUUUUUUGGGUCUCUGAGGUGAAACGACUUACUAAUUAAAAUUUGUAAACUCACAUAUGCAUAUUGUAUAUGUGUAGAAAUGUAAUCACACUUUGUCUUGGAAUUACAUUAAACUGUUUGGAAUCACUGUA